GUUCUUUCCUGUCCUUGGGCUUCCAUCCUUUUCCUUCACGCGGCCGAGUCCCCUUAUCAAAUUUUUAAAUCCUCGCGCUUCUCCAUGGCAAAUAUUUGUCUUUAGUACCUUCAGCAGCUGCCUGGAAUUCAAAACCACUUCGCUCUCCCACCGGUGUAGAACCUAAUCCUCCAGUUUAAAGAACCGGCCUCCGCAGACCAGUCAGCCGCGGGAGCGCAAAUCUCGCGAGAAAGGGACCAUCUAUCGCGGUACUUCCUUGUUUCCAGAAUCCUUAGCGCGAGGCGGAAACAGACUCUUCUCUUCAGCUUCUGUGGAUUAGAGGAUUUUCACGGCGUGCUCGUUUUUCGCCUUCCGUGUUGCGGUUUCUGGAAAUGGCGGCCCCCGAGCAGUCCCUGCCGCCGAUGUCAAGGGGAUGCCAGAGCUCUGCCUCACUCUCCCCACCGCGGGGCGACCGAACCCUUUUAGUGAGGCACCUGCCAGCCGAACUGACCGCCGAAGAGAAAGAAGACUUGCUGAAGUAUUUCGGGGCGCAGUCGGUGCGGGUCCUGUCAGAUAAGGGACGACUGAAACAUACAGCUUUUGCUACUUUCCCUAAUGAAAAAGCAGCUAUAAAGGCAUUGACAAGACUACAUCAGCUGAAACUUUUAGGUCAUACUUUAGUUGUUGAGUUUGCAAAGGAGCAAGAUCGAGUUCAUUCUCCAUGUCCCCCUUCAGACACUGAAAAAAAGAAAAGAUGUGAUGACCCUGUGGAAGAUGAUAAAGAAAAGAAAGAACUUGGUUGUUUAACCAUAGAAAAUGGAAUUGCACCAAACCAUGGGCUGACUUUCCCUCUGAAUUCAUGCCUCAAGUAUAUGUACCCACCACCUUCAAGCACAAUCCUAGCAAACAUAGUAAAUGCUUUGGCAAGUGUGCCUAAGUUCUAUGUACAGGUUCUUCAUCUUAUGAAUAAAAUGAAUUUACCCACACCUUUUGGACCAAUUACUGCACGCCCUCCCAUGUAUGAAGAUUAUAUGCCAUUACAUGCACCUCUUCCACCUGCAUCUCCUCAGCCACCAGAGGAACCUCCUUUGCCAGAUGAGGAUGAGGAAUUAUCAAGUAUAGAAUCAGAAUAUGAGAGUAGUGAUGAUGAAGACCGACAGAGAAUGACUAAACUAAUGGAACUAGCAAAUCUUCAGCCCAAAAGGCCAAAAACAGUAAAGCAGCACCAUGUGAGAAAAAAACGAAAAAUAAAGGAUAUGUUGAAAACACCUCCAUCUGCUCCGCACAGCUUACAUCCAGUUCUGUUACCUUCGGAUGUAUUUGACCAACCACAACCUGUAGGUAGUAAGAAAAUUGAAUUUCAUAUAUCUACUGACAUGCCGUCUACAUUUAAGAAAGAUCCAGAAAAAGAACAAAAUUGUGAAGAACAAAAUUAUGAUUUACCGGCUGCUGAAGGUGAUGCACCCAAUGUAGGAUUUGGAAAAAUCUUCCCGAAACCUAAUUUGAACAUCACAGAAGAGAGUAAAGAGGACUGUGAUGAAAUGCCAUCAGAAUGUAUUUCUAGAAGGGAGUUGGAAAAAGGCAGAAUUUCUAGAGAAGAAAUGGAAACACUCUCAGUUUUCAGAAGUUACGAACCGGGUGAACCAAACUGUAGAAUUUAUGUAAAGAAUUUAGCUAAACAUGUUCAAGAAAAGGACCUUAAAUUUAUUUUUGGGAGAUAUGUUGACUUUUCAUCAGAAACACAACGGAUAAUGUUUGAUAUUCGUUUGAUGAAAGAAGGUCGCAUGAAAGGACAAGCUUUCAUUGGACUUCCAAAUGAAAAAGCAGCAGCAAAAGCUUUAAAGGAAGCUAAUGGAUAUGUUCUUUUCGGAAAACCUAUGGUGGUUCAGUUUGCUCGAUCUGCUAGACCAAAACAAGACUCUAAAGAAGGAAAAAGGAAGUGUUAAAAAUUAAUGGAGAAGCAUUCCUGCGUAAAUACUGCUGUAUUACUGUCAUACAAAGUGUAUCCUUUCUUGUUGUAUCCUUUUUGGGGCAGUGUUUUCUGUUUUUCCUAGAAAUGUUUUGUCCCUCCCCUACUCAUUGAUUCAGAUUAAGCAAUAAUUUUUUAUAAUUUAUCCAAUGAGAUAUUUCUAAAAUUAGCAAUGUUGACUGGACAAAUCACUUACAUGUUUUUUAGAUCUGUUGCUGAAUUUUCUAUGCUGUUCUUGAGGUUAUGCAAUUUUUCCAGAGAAAGUUAGUGAAUCAGGUCAACUUAUUUACUUGGAGAAUGUAUGCAUCUGCUUCAACACAGAAUUUAGUCUUGUUUCUUAUAUUUAUGUAUUUCCUAAACCUGUUUAAUAACAUAUGCUUUCUGUUUUAUGAUAUAUCUGGUUUAGGUGUUCUAUAUAAUGUAUUGUUAAAAUUGGUUUGGGGAAAGGAUUUUUUCUUUAAAAAAGUAUAUAUAUUGGAAAUUAAAAUAACUGAAUUUCUUUGUAAAUUCCAAGUAAGAGUAACAGACUUCACUUCUGAGGUUUUAUUAUUGAUAUUUCCUUUGAAACAGAGAGCAAGUAGAAGUAUUUUUUUCCCCUCUUUUUCUAAACAAAACAAAAGGAAUGAGAAAAGAGGAACAGAGGGAAGAAGAUACAAUACUGACUCAGGGUAGCACAUUAAGUGGAAAAAAAAAAAAUCUGGUAGGUAUGUGUAGUAACAGUGGUUUCCAGACUGGCUGAGGACCAUAAUUACCCAAAACAGUGGUUCUUAAUCUUGGCCAUGGUUGGAAUCACCUGGGAAACUUAAAAAAA